AUGCACCCCUGGCUAUUCCUAGGUGUGGCACUCGCCUUCGCUCAAAAUGCCCUCGCCGCGAAUCAGUUCCGACGACCUGCCGCCGACGGGCCGACGGGCGACUACAGCGAGAACCCGGCCUACGAGGUCGGCAAGGACAUUACAUUCUUAUGGGACACAGACUUUGACCAGAUUGACCUGGUCGUAUGGAGCGACGCGUCGGAUAAGCUCAAGACGUCUCUGUAUAAGAGGCUCGCAGUGAAUCUGUCGAGCAGGGCGUAUACAUGGAAGCCCAGUUUUGAUGGGUUUCCUGCCGAGGCGAAGACGUUGGGGGUGUUUUACCUGACCUUCUAUCAAGCGGGAACUGUGAAGCAGGCUGCCCAGUCGCAUUACUUCAACAUCACCGAUACGUCGGCAGCUGCGGCUUCGGCAUCGGCCUCAGCUUCAGCGACGACUUCAAAGGUGACAUCGACAUCCGCACCGACUUCUGCAGCCACGGCGACGACACCGACUGCGUACUCGCCACCCUCAUCAACGACGUCGGUUUCAGCAUCCACCGAUGCCGCGGUGCAGCAAGAUGGAAGCGACAGCAGCGGAAGCGGUCUUUCUGCUGGCGCUGUGGCUGGCAUCGCGAUCGGGGCGGCCCUGGGGACAUUACUUGCUGCUGGUGCUGCAGCAUUCCUGUCGUGGAAACGGCAUCAAAAGAAGAAAGGAGCCGACAAACCAGGCCCUGGCUCAAGAGGCAGCGUAGCCUUUGGUGAUGCUGCUGCUCAGGGUUACUACGUACCGUCAGGCCCGACGGUGCAGCCCGUCGAGCUGGCAACGGACAGAACUCCUGAGCUUGGGGGCGGGAUCGAACAUAUGGAGGAGCUUUCGACGAACAGGCGCAGCGCGAUGAGUUAA